CGUUGCUCAGGGCUUGCUAGACAGUUUUGAUAGAAUUGGGUUUAUCGCAAGACCCUCGCCAGCACAUGCUUUGACUAGGCUAACCAAUUGAAAAGUUGAACGCCACAAGCCUUGCAUGUUGUGUGGGAUUUUCGCGACGAUGCUUGAAGAUACUGGCAAUCUAUUGUCUUCGUUGUGGACACUUGCAAUUGCGCGAAUUUUCGACUGCCGAAACGCCAAACAUAGCGUAGCACAGCAAAUCCCACUGUCCAACCUUCACCCACGUAUUUUCCUCGUCUUGUUGACGAGCAUAGCGCCAAUGCUACUUAUGUCAUGUUUCCAUUCAUGGCUACCCCUUGAGAUCGUUUACGUGAAGCCCACGGGUCUUUCAGACCACGUGCAGUGGAUCUACGACCGCUGGUCGACCAUCAAACCAUGGCGCGACACGCUCAACUUUCCGACGUGAUCUUAGUCCAUGAUUUGUUUUCUUGUUGAAUAGCAGGAGGAUCUGCUCUGAGCCGUGUAGCAUCUGGCGCGACGCAUUGUAAACCGUGAGCAAUUUCGUAUCAUCAUGGUUUCCCGCCUAGGUGCAUCGCGAGAGCGAUCGAUUCCCGACAGUCAAGCAUAAGUUCAAGCUCGAAGCGAGCUC